AUGGUGACGGUUGGCGAGUAUUUGAACCCUUCGCUGGCUUCAAAGAACCGAUCCCACUCUUCAGAGGUGAAAAGAUUGAAGUCGAUGGGAGAUAUCCUGCUCGGCGAGAUCAUGGUGGUUACGCUCAUGGCGUGCUGGUUCGCACUCCUAGCACCUGGGCCACCGCCGGUAUUGGAGCAUGUUGUGUUCACGGUGUUCAUUGCAGUUGUCCUCGUGCUCAUGUCACCGGGGUUUUUGAAGUUUCCCAGGUUGUCAGGUUUGCUGGUGUUACUGGAGCUCAUGUUUGCGAUUGUUAAAUAUUAUUGGACAGUGUAA